CUUUCUCUGCAAAUCCCUUGUUUGGAAGUGAUUCUCAACCAUAUCUCAAAAACCUUUACAAAAGAUAGAAAGCUCAAGCAUACACCAUGGUUUUCUCAUCUGUUCCAGUCUAUCUAGAUCCACCCAACUGGCAACAGCAACCAACUUAUCAGCAACCUGGAGUUAUUACUAGUGAGAAUCAUCGUAAUCCUCAGCUUCCACCACCACCACCACCAGCAGAUGGUGGUGGUGGUGGUGGUGCAGGCGCUAUGAGGCCUGUUUCAAUGGCGGAACGAGCUAGGCUAGUUAAGAUACCACAGCCUGAGUCAGCUCUCAAGUGCCCUCGAUGUGAAUCAACAAAUACUAAAUUUUGUUACUACAACAAUUACAGCCUUUCACAGCCUCGCCACUUUUGCAAGACUUGUAGACGAUACUGGACUAUAGGAGGUGCUUUAAGGAACGUGCCGGUUGGUGGUGGCUGUAGAAGAAACAAAAGAAGCAAAGGCGGUAAGAGAUCAAAGUCUCCAUCAGUAGUAUCCGAACGCCAUACAGGGUCAAGCUCAUCUUCUAGUACACUUGCUUCUAAUAGUUGCACUGAUAUGUUAGGCCACAUGAACCCUGCAGCGCCGCAAUUGCCUCUAUUACCCCCUUUACAGCAUCUUGGUGACUAUAAUUCUGAUGAUAUCGGGAUAAAUUUUGGGGGAAUCCAGGCUCAGGUGGCGGCCACAGGCUGUGGUGGUGGUGGAUCAAUGUUAACAAGUGGACUAGUAGAACAGUGGAGACUGCAACAAGUUCAACAAUUUCCAUUUUUAACCAAUUUAGAGCCUCCAACAGGGUUAUAUCCAUUUGAAGGUGAACGAGUGGAGCCACUAAGUUAUGCUGGUCAGCUACGGUCUAAGCAAUUGGAGAGUGCGAUUACUCAGUUGGCAGCUGUUAAAAUGGAAGAAACUCAAGGGUUGAAUUUAUCAAGGAAUUUUUUGGGAAUUCCAGGAAGUGAUCAGUACUGGGGUGGUGGUGGUGGUGGUGGCAAUGCAUGGACUGAUCUUUCUGGUUUCACCUCUUCUUCCACGACUCAUUUCUUUUGAUUUUUUUAGUAUCUUUUUUACCCCCAAAACCCAAUCCAAUCUUUUUUUUCCCCUUUUGUUGGUUGAAUUACUUUACAGGUUUCAUCAAAGAGAAUUCAACUCAUAGAUAAGGAUUUUGAAUGAACAGCUACUCUAACUUUUGCAAAAUUUCAAGUUUCCAACCUGAUGAUGAGAAAGUGAUGAUCAAUUGGAAAAGGAAGGGAUGGAAUGAAUUUCUUGUCACUCCAUAUCUACUAAAAGAGAAGACUUUAGAAAAUGGUAGAUUUCUACUCUCUAAAAUUUCUUGCUGUUGUAUUUCUUUUGUGUUCUAUGCGUCAGGCAUAUAGUUUAAAUUUUAGUAUCUACAAUCUCUUCUAAAAUCUUCAAACUGCAGUUUCAUUUGUAAAAAUAUAUUAAGUAGAUCUUAUAUGUAAUAUUCAAUGGAGAGAAUUUCGGUAUCUGACAUGAAGAAGAUAGAUUGUUAAUGUUAGAGUUGAUCAAAUGCUUUGUACUAAGUGAUUUCCCUUGAAAAAUGAUAUGUGAAUGAAAA